AUCAUGCGAUUGAAUCAGGCAAGUAUCAAAUUGCGCAGUUCCGCAGUUGAAUUUGAUUGAAUUCAGCUGGUUUCGGCGUGAUACGGUCCUGUCUCCAUGACAUUUCAACUAGAAAGCGAGCCUCCCGUGUAUGUCUGUUUUCGAACACAGAAAACACAGUGCGAUGAAACGAGUAACCAGCGCGUAGUGAACGGCGGUGAGGUUCAUCGUGCGUCAUGCUUCUACUUCUAGCCAACGCGAUCGUGGCCGUGAUUGGGAUAUUGUGAACAUCGUGAACAACGUAUGGCGUUAAUCUAAUCAUAUUCAACAAGACACCUAGCACCGCUAAGACAUCUUCAAUUGUAACGCAUUCAACAACGAUUCUAUGGAGUCUAGAAACCGCGUUGUCUAACGGUGCAAUGGUUUUACACAUACAUUGAUUAUGAUUGAUGAUUGAUAAUUACUAGAGUAUAAACAAUUCUAGAUCAAUGAUGACUUCCCUAACUCACUUCAAUCUCCUGCUGGAGGAAGGACCCAAUGACACAUGUUUGUCUAUGAAGCGAAUGAACAAGACUGUCAUUGGUAAUGUCUAUGAGGGUAUCCCAGAGACACUUCUCCUGAACUUUCUUACAUGGUGCAUGCUGCUACUCAUUUUUGCAAUACUCAGGAAUAAAGCCUGGGAUUAUGGUAGGCUAGCUUUAGUACAGAGUGAAAAAUGGACACAGCUGUUCUACAAAAACACUGAUGAAGCUGUGCAAGUGGAAGAGUCUUCAACCACGGAGAAUUCACUACCCUCUGACGUGGGUUGUUCAUGGUUCCCGACCAUAUUUAAAAUUGGCCAGCAUCGCGUGUUUGCAAGAUGUGGUCCCGACGCUUCACAUUACAUCUCCUUCCAAAAACAUCUCUUACUGUUAAAAUGCGUGGUGGUAUUUUGUGCGCUCGUGAUUAUACUACCAAUUAACUUCCAAGGCCAGCUCCAAGGUAAUGAGUAUACAUUCGGGCAUACAACACUCAGUAAUCUGGAACCAACGUCAGCUUGGUUAUGGGUGCAUGUGUUUGUAUCUUUCGCGUUAGUCCCGACUUCGAUUAUGAUCAUGAGAAGAUGCAGUUCGAGAAUACCAAGCACUUCAGUGUUAUCAUCAAGGACUGUUUUAGUUACACAUAUAUCACAUAAUCACCGGAACGCCCAGGAAAUUCGGGUUUAUUUUGAACAGAGGUUUCCCGGUGUGCAGAUACGAGACGUCAAGAUGGCGUACAAGAUUAAAAACCUUGUCAGAGUCGAACGUCAGAGGAACCUCGCUAGGGAAGCACGUCUUUAUUGUGUAGCUAAUAAUAAAACUUCUCUAAGGCUACAACCGCAUGGAUGUAUAGCAUGUUGUCCAUGGAGGACUGUCAACGCUUUGGAGUAUUACAGACGUCAGGAGGCUGAACUCACCGCGGAGACACUUCGGGAACGCGCGAGGGCUCUAAGCGCACCUUUAGGAAUAGCUUUUGUUACAUUAGAAACAGAAGAUCAAGCCCGGUUGGUAAUCGACACUUUCCAGCCUGGUUCCUAUAGAAAGUGGAAUAUUGCAAGAGCGCCGAGCCCAGGAGAUAUCAACUGGGAGAAUCUACAAAUCUCAACCAGAAACUGGUACUCGAAAGCAAUCGCCAUCAACUGCGCGUUGUUCGUGGUAUUGUUUUUCCUGACAACUCCAGCGAUUGUAGUCAACAUGUUGAACACCUAUACAACUGUUCAAGAAAACUUCAUCAAAAGUUUCAGUCCAUUCCUGGCUGAAUUUGUGCCAACGCUGUUGUUGUUGACAAUGUCAGCACUCAUGCCAGUACUGGUUGCCUACUCAGACCAAUGGAUGUCUCAUUGGACGAAGUCCAAACAGAAUCAUGGCACGAUGUUGAAAUGCUUUUGUUUUCUAUUGUUUAUGGUGUUGAUUUUACCAUCACUUGGAUUGACAAGUGCACAAGCCUUUUUAGAAUCUUCUCUUCAUGCAGCUAACAAAACAGUGCGAUGGGAUUGUAUAUUCCUACCAGAUAAAGGUGCUUUCUUCGUGAAUUACGUUAUUACCUCAGCUUUAAUUGGAACCGGAUUGGAAUUAUUGAGAUUCCCCGAGUUGGCGAUGUACGUCUGGAGAUUACUAUUGAUGAGAUCCGCUGCAGAGAAAGGAUCUAUUCGCAAAGAGAUUUUAUCAGUGUUUCCAUUCGGGAUUCACUACGCUUGGACCUUGCUGAUAUUCACCGUGAGCACUGUAUACAGUUUGGUUUGUCCACUGAUAGCGCCAUUCGGUCUGCUUUAUCUGUGUCUCAAGCACCUCGUCGAUAAACAUAAUAUUUAUUAUGUUUACAAACCGAUUCAGAUGUCGGGCGAAGGUGCAAGGAUCCACGCUACAGCGGUAAGAAUGGUUCGAGUCUCAUUCUUCCUGCUGCAGGUAAUCAUGGCGACGUUUGCUCUCAUUAGAGGUGCUACGAGUGUCAUGGCGAUAGUGACACUACUCGGAGUGUUCGCGACACUCUUCUGCUUUACGUUUUUGAGCCCAUUUCCCAACUGCUCGCCGCGUACGAGAGGAAUGGACAGUGAUUAUCAAGAGAGGCAGGAACAGUACGUUGCUCCUGUGCUUGUCAGUUCGGAGCAUCUUGUUAUGACUGAAGGCGCGGGCGGUGUUCUGCAACCGCCUGACUACGGAAGUUCCAAUAUUAAUGAGUUUGCGAAUAGAAUGGCGGCCGUGACUGCUGCGUCGUCUUCAUCGACAAAUACGACAACAACUACGCAUGCGAAUGAAAGCGGUGAUGGUGACGCCGUUCCAGUUUAGAAUGAGAUAAUAUGAAUUCUCAUUGGAAUCCCUCCGUGUUUUCACCCCCACAUGGUGAUGGCUGUGAAUAUGUGAAAGACAGUUGACAAUUGACGACGUAAGAGGUCAAAUAUCCGAACGGUCUAUUUAUCUAAUUCUAACUAAUUAAUUGCGCCUAUUUAAUUUAUGUUUUUAAGUAAAUCAAUUUUAUAUUUUGCUAAUGCAUUCACCUAAGAAUAAUGGAAAUGACACUCACCCCCGCUGAUUAUUUGUGAGGACUAAUACAUAUCUAAUUUAUGUUCUGUCUCGUAUUAAUGCACAUAUGAAAACUUUAGUUGUUUUAUAGAUAAACAAGUAUGUACUGGCUAAAGAUUGAGGUUAUAUUUAAAACUCAAGUUGACUAACAAUUUUAUAUGGAUUGAUUAAUAUGUGCUAGUAGAUUUUGAUUGAUAUUGCAAUAACCUCUGGAAUAAACUCACUUUGAUUGAAA